GGCCAGUUCUGUGAUUUCUGCAAUGCUGCUGAUCCCAGUAAAGCUCACCCAGUAACCAAUGCAAUUGAUGGCACAGAGCGCUGGUGGCAAAGUCCUCCUCUUUCUAUGGGCUUGAAGUACAAUGAAGUCAAUGUCACAUUAGACCUGGGACAGCUCUUCCAUGUUGCCUAUAUCCUUAUCAAGUUUGCAAACUCUCCUCGGCCAGAUCUCUGGAUCUUAGAAAGAUCAGUGGACUUUGGAAGAACUUACACUCCCUGGCAGUAUUUUGCUCACUCCAAAGCAGAUUGCUUGGAACGCUUUGGAAAGGAAGCUAAUCUUCCAGUGAGGAGGGACAGUGAUAUCCUUUGCACCACAGAGUACUCUCGCAUUCUGCCUCUUGAAAAUGGAGAGAUUGUAGUAUCUUUGGUAAACGGCCGCCCUGGAGCAAAAAACUUCACUUAUUCCCCUAGUCUUCGAGAAUUCACAAAAGCAACAAACAUCCGCCUUCAUUUUCUCAGAACUAAUACUCUUCUUGGACACUUGAUAUCCAAAGCUCAACGGGACCCCACUGUAACUCGUAGAUAUUACUACAGCAUAAAGGACAUCAGUAUCGGUGGUCGAUGUGUUUGCCAUGGCCAUGCUGAAGUAUGUAAUGCAAAGAGUGCUGAAAACCAAUAUCAGUUUCAAUGUGAAUGUCAGCAUAACACUUGUGGGGAAACCUGUGAUCACUGCUGCCCUGGAUAUAAUCAGAAACAGUGGCAACCUGCAACAGCUGGGAGCACAAACAUAUGUGAACCCUGCAAUUGCCAUGGACAUGCCACUGAUUGCUACUAUGAUGCUGAUGUUGAUCGGCGUCGAGAAAGCUUAAACAUUCAUGGGCAUUAUGAAGGUGGAGGAGUCUGCAUUAACUGCCAGCAUAACACAGCUGGUAUUAACUGUGAGAAAUGUGCAAAAGGUUACUAUCGUCCUUACGGUGUCCCGGUGAGAGCUGCUGAUGGCUGUAUACCCUGCAGUUGUAACUUGGAGCAUGCAGAGGGCUGUGAGGAAGGGUCUGGCCGCUGCUUCUGUAAGCAGAAUUUCCAGGGAGAAAACUGUGAACGCUGUGCCGAUGGAUUCUAUGGUUAUCCAUUUUGUGUCUAUACUCCUGUAUAUCCUUUUACUUCUCCAAUUCCGAGAGAUGAUGUGGCUGGUGAUAUAAUAGAAUGUAAUUGUGAUGGUGUUGGCUCGGUGGAGAAUACGUGUGGUCCUAGAGGUCAAUGUCUGUGCCAUAGUAACUAUGCUGGACUUAGAUGUGACCAGUGUGCUCCAGGAUAUUACAGCUAUCCUAGCUGCUUCCCUUGUCAGUGCUCUCCUGAUGGCUCCCAGCAUGGCACGUGUGAGCCCACAUCGGGGCAGUGUCCCUGUCGAACAGGCAUCACAGGGCGACGCUGUGACAGAUGCCUUUCUGCUGCCAGCAGUUUCCCCUACUGCGAAGGUGUCAACAGCGAAUGUAACCCUUCAGGUAGUGUUGGUUCUCACUCCGGCUAUUGUCAAUGUCUUCAGCACGUUGAAGGUCCUACCUGUAGUAAAUGCAAACCGUUGUACUGGAACCUGGCCAAAGAAAACCCUGAGGGAUGUACAGCAUGCCAGUGUGAUGUGAGUGGAACACUAAGUGGAGUAGGAGAAUGUCAGCAGGAAAAUGGGCAUUGUUACUGCAAAUCUAAUGUUUGUGGAGAUUCCUGUGACACUUGUGAAGCUGGUUAUUAUGCUCUCGAGAACAGGAAUUAUUUUGGCUGCCAAGGCUGCCGGUGUGACGUUGGAGGAUCCCUCAGCCCAGCAUGCUCUGAGCCCUCAGGUAGCUGCCAGUGCAGAGCACACAUCGUGGGGACAACCUGUCAGGAGCCUGAAAAAAACUAUUUUUUUCCUGAUCUGCACCACAUGAAGUUUGAGAUUGAAGAUGGUACUACUGUCAAGGGAAGGCAAAUUCGGUUUGGCUAUGAUCCUCGGGAAUUUCCUAACUUCAGUUGGAGAGGAUAUGCCCAGAUGUCCUCUAUACAAAAUGAAGUGAGGAUAAGUUUGAAUGUGGAAAAAUCAAACCUCUACUUAUUUCGCAUUAUCCUGAGGUAUAUUAACCCUGGAGGUGAUACAUUAUCUGGUCGCAUAUCUGCUUGUCAAUCUCGGCCUGAAGGAGGGGCUGCUCAGAGCCAAGAGUUUGUCUUCCCACCGAGCAAGGAGCCAGCUUUUGUCACAAUCCCAGGAAAAAGCUCCACAGAGCCUUUCUCACUGGUUCCAGGCACGUGGACUGUCAGUAUAAUGGCAGAGGAAGUCCUCUUGGAUUAUCUGGUGCUGUUACCUAGUGAUUACUACGAAGCAUCCAUCUUGCAGAUACAAGUUACAGAGCCUUGCACAUAUUUGGGACGUGCUUCAACAGAGCACUGCUUGCUCUAUCAGCAUUUGCCUCUGGGCAGAUUUUCCUGUGUCCUCGGUUCAGAGGCAGUGCAUUUCAGACACGGGGGAGAAUAUAGAAGAAUACCUGUGCGACAGCCAACUCCCAAUCAACCAGUGAUGGCCCAUAUCAGUGGAAGAGAGGUCAAUUUACAGAUGACCAUAAAUGUCCCUCAAGUUGGGCGCUACAUUCUGGUUUUUGAAUAUGCCAAUGAAGAGGAUCAGUUAUACACUGCCGAGGUAACAGUACAUAGCCCUGGACCUGUCACUGAAGGCAGAGUGAGAAUAUAUAGUUGUAAAUACAGUUUCCUUUGUCGCAGUGUUGUAGUUGAUGACAGAAAUCGCAUUGCAGCCUAUGACCUUCUAGCAGAUACAAAGAUACAUCUUAAGGCAUCAUCAAUUAAUUUUCUUUUGCAUAAGGUUUGUAUUAUAUCAGCUGAAGAAUUUUCUACAGAAUAUGUGGAUCCUAAAGUACAGUGCAUAGCUGCUUACAGGAGUACCCAUGAUGGAAGUGCAACAUGCAUUCCCUCAGUUUAUGAAACUCCACCAGCAGCUUUGGUUUUGAAUGCAUUCAAAGAUGGGAAGAUUUCCGAAGUACGGAAGAAUGUAAUCUAUGAUCCACUGAGUGUCCCUUCACUGGCUGAUUCAGUUAAUGGAGUCACCUUGACACCAUUACAGAACCAGAUUACCUUGAGUGGCAGAGUGCCAUACUUGGGCAGAUACAUAUUUGUGGUACAUUUUUAUCAGCCAGCACACCCAGUGUUCUCUGUGCAAGUCCGUGUGGAUGCAGGACGUGUGUGGUCAGGUACCUUCAAUGCUUCAUUCUGCCCUCAUACUUCUGGCUGUCGGGAUCAGGUGAUUGCAGAAAACCAAAUUGAGCUUGACAUUUUGGAACCCAAGGUCUCAAUUACAGUGAUGAUACCAGAUGGGAGAGUGCUGGUUCUGGAAAAUAUCUUAGUUGUUCCAGCUGACACCUACAGUUACAAAAUUCUUGACAAAAAGACAGUGGACAAGUCAUUUGACUUUAUCAGCCAAUGUGGAGGCAACAGUUUUUAUACUGACCCAGAAAGAUCAUCGGCCUUCUGUAAGGACUCUGUAAGGUCACUGGUGGCUUUCUACAACAACGGAGCCCUGCCAUGUAAUUGCCACAGUGCUGGUGCCAUGAGCCCUACAUGCAGCCCCCUGGGAGGACAGUGUGUUUGCAGACCUAACGUCAUCGGUCGUCAGUGCAGCCGAUGCCAAACUGGCUACUAUGGAUUCCCAUUUUGCAGGUUAUGCAACUGUGGGAAGCGUCUUUGUGAUGACAUUACUGGUAAAUGCAUUUGCCCUCCACGCACUGUGAAACCGAAAUGUGAAGUGUGCGAGAAACAUUACUUCAGCUAUCACCCCCUUGCUGGCUGUGAGAGCUGCAACUGCUCAGAAAGAGGAGUCAUUAAUGCGGCAAGUCCAGAAUGUGAAAAAACCAAUGGGCAAUGCAAAUGCAAGCCAGGAAUAAAAGGACGUCAGUGUGAUCAGUGUGCUCCUGGAACUUAUGGUUUCCCUAACUGUGUGCCAUGUAGCUGCAACAGAGAUGGAACAGAACCAGAAGUUUGCGAUCCCCAGACAGGAAUUUGUCUUUGCAAGGAGAAUGUUGAAGGUGCAGCAUGUGAUACUUGCCGACCAGGAUCCUUUUAUCUGGACCCUUCUAAUCCCAGAGGAUGCACCUCCUGCUUUUGUUUUGGGGCAACCAGCAACUGUCGCAGCACAAAUCAUCGUAGAACAAAGUUUGUGGACAUGAGGAACUGGCGCUUGGAGGCCACGGAUGAAAAUAUUGACAUUCCAGUCACUUUCAAUCCCAUCAGUAACAGUGUAGUGGCUGAUGUCCAAGAAUUGCCUGCUUCAGUGCACAGUUUAUACUGGAAAGCACCACCAUCUUACCUGGGAGAGAAGCUUUCUUCAUAUGGUGGCUUCCUAAGUUACCAAGUGAAAUCUUUUGGCUUACCUAGUGAGGGCAUGGUUCUCCUGGAUAAGAGACCUGAUAUACGACUAAUAGGCCAUCAAAUGGAAGUUGUUUAUAUGGAUCCCAACAAUCCACUGCCUGAUCGUCAGUAUUACGGCCGUGUGCAGCUGGUUGAGGGAAACUUCAGGCAUGCCAGCAGCAAUAACCCUGUAUCCAGAGAAGAACUGAUGGUAAUCCUGUCUAGACUGGAUGGCUUACACAUCAGAGGCCUUUACUUCAUGGAGACUCAGCGAUUAACACUUGGUGAGGUUGGGCUGGAAGAAGCCACCAGCACAGGAAGCGGCAGCAUUGCAUACAGUGUAGAGACAUGCUCCUGCCCUCCGGAGUACGCUGGUGAUUCAUGUCAGGAAUGUGGCCUAGGAUUUUAUCGCGAGACUAAAGGAUUUUUUGCUGGACGCUGUGUGCCCUGCAACUGCAAUGGAAAUGCAAAUAGGUGUCAAGAUGGUACUGGAAAGUGUAUCAACUGUCAAUAUAAUACUGCAGGGGAGAAAUGUGAGCGCUGUAAAGAUGGUUAUUUUGGAGACGCAACUCAGGGUUCCUGCCGGAUGUGCCCUUGCCCUUAUACAAACAGAUUUGCAACUGGCUGUGUGGCAAAUGGUGAAGAAAUUCAGUGUCUCUGCAAAGAAGGCUAUACCGGAGUUCGUUGUGAACGCUGUGCUCCAGGAUAUUUCGGAAAUCCACAAAAUUAUGGAGGCUACUGUCAGAAAUGUAACUGCAAUAAUAAUGGACAGCUGGCUAGUUGUGACCACCUGACUGGAGAGUGUUUCAACAAUGAACCAAAAGAUGUGGAUCCCAAUGAAGACUGUGACCCUUGCGAUAGCUGUGUGAUUACACUGCUGAACGAUUUGAGCACAAUAGGUGACGAGCUUCAGCUCAUUAAGUCUCAGCUGCAGAAUGUCCAUGCAAGUACCCACACGCUGGAGCAGAUGAGACGUCUGGAAACACGCAUCAAGGACUUAAAGGUCUUAAUGAACAAUUACCAUUCUGUUGUUCAUAAUCAAGGUUCAAAGGUAGAUGAGUUGGAGACAGAAUUCACUAAACUAAAUCAUGAUAUAAAUGCUCUCCAGGAAAAGGCUGAAAGGAACUACAAAACAGCGGAGACAUUAUUUAAUAAUUUUGGCCAAACUCAUCAGAAAGGAAAAGAUUUGGUUUCACGAAUACAAAUAGUUGUCAACAAUAUACAAGUGCUCUUGGAACAAAUAGCUGGUACGAACACAGAAGGUAACAACUUGCCCUUGGGAGAUGCCUCUGAAGAACUGGCUGAAGCUCAACGCAUGAUGACGGAGAUGCGAAACCGCAACUUUGGCCAAUUUCAAGCUGAGGCAGAGAAGGAGCGAACAGAAGCUCAGCGGUUACUGACACGUAUCAGGAAUGAACUACAAAAGUACCACCAAGAAAAUCAUGGGCUUAUUAAAGUUGUGAGGGAUUCAUUGAAUGAAUAUGAAUCAAAAAUCACUGACCUUCGCGAAGCUCUGAAUGAUGCAACAGGACAAAUCAAGCAGGCUGAAAACUUAAACAGAGAUAAUGGAGUUCUGUUCGAAGACAUUAAGAAACGGAUUGAGGAGACAAAUGUACAACAGAAUAGUGUCUUGGAUAUCCUGAACUCUGCCCGAACUUCCCUUACGCAUGCUAACAGUGUACUUGGAUUACUGCAAAAGAGCAAAGAGGAAUAUGAAAGCCUGGCUGCUCGGCUGGAUGGAGCAAGGAAGGAUAUGAAUGAAAAGCUGACAGAUCUCUCAUCAGCAAGCAAAGAGCCGUUGGUGGUGAGGGCCGAGGAACAUGCCAAAUCUUUGCAAGACUUGGCAAAACAACUGGAAGAAAUAAAGAACAGUGCCAGGAAGGACGAGUUGGUAGGCUGUGCUGUGGAAGCUUCUACUGCCUAUGACAAUAUUAUUAAUGCCAUCAAGGCAGCAGAGGAAGCAGCCAACAAAGCUGGAAAAGCAGCUGACUCAGCUUUAACGACCGUGAAGAGAGAAGACCUAUCAGGAAAAGCUGCAAGGUUGAAAACUGAGAGCAAUGAACUCUUGAAUCUUGCACAGGAAACUGAAAAGACAUUGCAAGAUGACGUCACCAGCAUCAUCACCAGUGCAAAAAAUGUGGUAGAAAGUGCUAAGAAUACCACAGCUAAUGUGUUGGAUGAACUUCUUCCAAUUCAAACAGAUGUGGAAAAAAUUAAGAGUACUUACGGAGGCGCUCAGACUGCUGGGUUCAGGAAAGCACUGAUAGAGGCAAACAAUUCAGUAACAAAUUUGUCUGCACAACUUCCAGCUCUGUUUAACAAGAUCAAGAGUAUUAACCAACAGCUGAUGCCAAUAAGCAACAUCUCUGAGAACAUACAUCGCAUAAGAGAGCUGAUUCAGCAGGCAAGAGAUGCUGCAAAUAAGGUUGCUAUUCCUAUGAAGUUCGAUGGCAACUCUGGUGUAGAGGUUCGACCUCCGAGCAACCUUGAAGAUCUGAAAGGCUAUACUUCACUUUCUUUAUUCCUCCAAAUACCUGAGGACUCCCAGAGAAUAUCAAAUAAGUUUGUACUGUACCUGGGUAAUAAAGAUGCUUCCAAGGACUAUAUUGGUAUGGCUGUGAAAGAUGGUCACCUUACUUGUGUCUAUAACCUGGGAAGUGGUGAUGAAGAAAUAAGAGUGAAGUCAUUGGUGACUCAAGGCCAAACUGAGGAAGCUGUUUUGGAUCAAGUUAAGUUUGAAAGGAUUUACCAGUAUGCAAAGCUGAAGUACAUCAAAGAAGCAACAUCUAUUUCUGCAAAGAGUGAAAGCCUGAUGAGUACAGGCAAGAGCAGCAAUGACACUCUCCUAAAUCUUGAUCCCAGUACUGUUGUCUUUUAUGUUGGAGGAUACCCACCAGAUUUUAGGCUUCCACGUAGUCUCGACUACCCUCGUUAUGAAGGUUGCAUUGAAUUAGACAGCCUAAAUGAGCAUAUCAUCAGCCUUUACAACUUCAAGAGGACAUUUAAUCUCAAUACCACUAUAGCAACCCCCUGCAGAAGGUAUAAAGAAGAGACUGACCAAAGCUAUUUUGAGGGCACUGGGUAUGCCAGUGUCGUACUGCAAGAAAAACCUGCAGGCUCAGUACGAUAUGAGGAGACAAUUGCAACUACUGCAGAUGAAGGCAUCGUGUUUUUUGCAGAAAAAAUGGAUCAGUUCAUCAGUGUGCUCAUUAAAAAUGGCCAUAUAGUUUUUAGAUACAAAGUUGACUCUGAACCUCCAAAAGAAAUGGAAGGCAAAGCAACUGUCAAUGAUGGAACAUAUAGACAUAUUAGUUUGUUAUUUGUCCGAAAUAAGAAUAUUGUUCGCCUCGGCUCUGAUAUUAAAGCCAACAUACGUGUCUUCGAUAUCACUAAGUACUACCUAGGUGGAAUCCCACCUCCUGUACGGGAACGCUUUAAUAUAUCCACACCUCCAUUCCGGGGCUGCAUGAAGAAUGUGAAAAACCCAGCCACUGCAUCUGUUGUUUUUAAUGAGACUGUUGGUGUCAGCAAGAAAUGUUCAGAUGACUGGAAGCUUGUCAGAUCUGCAGCUUUCUCCAAGGAAGGAACACUGAGCCUGAGUGCAGCAGGUUUCCCAUUUCCCAAGGAUUUCCAAGUUGGCUUUGGCUUUCAGACCAUGGCUUCAACGGGAAUACUCUUGAAUUACAAUCUACAGCCUGAUAUUCUUAGCGUCUUUCUGACACCUGGAUCUGUAACUGCAAAGAUGCAAGAGAAGGAAAUCAAACUGGAAAAGAAAUAUGAAGAUGGGUCAAUGCAUUAUGUGACAGUAAUAAAAACAGGCAACAAAUUAUAUCUGCUGGUUGAUAACCAGUCAACAUCAGUAUCAGUUGACUUUCCCAGGACAUUAAACUCAGAGGAAUCAAACCUACCUAUAAUAUUUGGUGGAGGUAACUUUGAAGGCUGCAUCUCAAACAUCUUUAUAAGAAGGACAUAUCAGCUCCCCGAGGUUCAAAAUCUCAUCAAUUAUACUGAAAAGACUGGUGUAUCCCUUGGAGCUUGCCAUAAAUACGAGAACCUUCAAUCAAUGCUGCUGAAGGAAUAUAAAAAUCCUCUCCAGUCUAAGAUGCUCAAGAAUGAAAAAUACCUUGAUUAUUUGAAUGCUGAUAAUGCACAAAACCACACUAUACCAAAUCAGUUACAUGUCAGCAGUGAAGCAUAUCUCCUUGGAAGCAUCCCCAAAAGUUUCAUAGCCUACAUGUUUUCUCCACUGUCAUCUACAGACAGGUUACAUGUUUCUGUAGAUGUACGGACUCAAUCAUCAAGAGGAUUAAUAGUUUUCAUGGAGGAGAGCUCUGAGGACUCUUAUAUAUCUCUCCACAUUUCAAAAGGACGUUUUGUCUUUUCACUUGGCUCUGGAGGAAAACAAGUAAAAAUCAAAACCAGUAUUAAAUACAAUGAUGGGCAAUGGCACACGGUGGUCUUCAGCAUAGAUGGGCAGAGUGCCCGCCUUGUUGUCGAUGGCCUAAGGGCCCAGCAGAGAAGAUUAGCAGCAAAUUCUGCCAUCAACAUUAGGUCACCAAUCUACGUGGGAGGGCUGCCAUCACUGAAAAAAAAGAAUAUACCAACGAAGAGUUUCAAGGGUUGCCUGAGGAAUUUUAAGGUGAAUGAAAAAGUUAUGAGUGCACCUCAGCAAAAAAACGGUGUACUUCCAUGUCCGGAUGUUCCCAGGGACACAGGGAUGCAUUUCUUCAAUGAAGGAGGAUAUAUCACCGCUGGUAAUUUGCUGAUGGGCUUGGAUUUUAGGAUUGUAUUUACCAUUCAACCAAGGCAUUCAACAGGUGUACUCCUCCAUGCUGGAAGCAAGCGAGACAACUACUUGACUAUUUACAUGGAAGGAGGAAAGGUCAUUGCUGCUGGAAAUAGUGGUGCUGGAGAAUUCCAGACAUCAGUCACACCCAAGAAACCUCUGUCUGAUGGACAGUGGCAUACCAUUGCAGUCUCUCAGAAGGACAACACUGUGCAGCUAGAGGUGGGCACAGAGAGAAACUAUACCACUGGACUUCGACCCUCUCCUCCUAGACGUGUGCAUCUGCCACUCCACUUUGGCAAAAUUCCAGCAAAUUUGCACACCCCGUGGAUUCCAGUUACAGAUCCAUUUUCUGGAUGCCUUCGAGAUAUUAACAUCAAUGACAAGCAUGUCUCCACCAGGAGGAUUUCAGAGAUUCAUGGUAUGGUGAAUUUGCAUGGGUGUUCAGUGAAGUAA